AUGGCCAACGGCUUCAUUGCCUACCUGCGCGGUGACCAGCAAGCGCCAGGCGAGCGCAAGCUGGUCCAGAAGCUGGAUUUCUUCAUCCUGACAUUCUGCUGCCUCAUGUACUUUCUCAACUAUCUUGAUCGCACCAAUCUCAACAACGCAUAUGUUUCGGGCAUGAGGGAAGAGUUGAGUUUCAGAGGGAACCAGCUCAACCAGAUCAAUACCGUCUUCACCGUUGGAUACACCAUCGGCCAAGUCCCGUGCAAUAUCGCACUCUACUACAUCAAACCGCGCUACUUCUUCCCAGCAUGCAUGGUAGCAUGGGCCGGCCUAACAAUGGUCACGGCAGCAGCCCAAAAGCCGCAACACAUCAUGGCCAUUCGCUUUUUCCAGGCCCUCUUUGAAUCCUCAACGUUUGUCGGAACCCACUAUAUCCUCGGGUCGUGGUACACGGAGAAGGAGCUGGGAAAGCGCUCAGGCAUCUUCACGGCAUCAGGACUCGCUGGAACCAUGAUUGGCGGCUUCAUCCAGACGGGAAUUCACAGCAGCAUGGACGGGCUCCGGGGCCUGAGUGGCUGGCGCUGGCUCUUCAUCAUCGACGGAAUCAUCACCCUCCCCGUCGCCGUCUACGGCUUCCUGCUCUUCCCCGACACACCGCGCAACACACGCGCGCCCUAUCUCAGCGCCUCUGAAAAAGCGCUCGCCAUCUCCCGUGUCCCCGAAGUCUCAGAGCGCACACCCAUCUCCCGCGCGUUCCUCAAGCACUGCUUCAAAACCUGGUACUGGUACUUCUUCGUGAUGCUGUGGAUUCUCGCCGGCGAAACAGAAUCCUUUAGCACAAACGCCCUGCUACAGCUGUACAUGAAGAGCCAUCCCACGAACAAAUACACCGUAACCCAGAAUAACAAUUACCCCACGGGCGUUCUUCUCUCUAUCUUCACACCUUCUCCCUCGACAUCUCCCCCUUCCCCAACACCGUCUCAGUCCCCACGCCCUCGACCUCGCCCCUCCUCCUCUCCGUCCUGCUCUGCAUACCCACGAGCGCAGCCGUCCACGCACCCAUAG